GACACACCUGCUGGCCUGGGCGGAGCUUACGAACGCACCUUAGUCGAGGGAAGAGGCCGCCGGAGACACGGAGCGAGAGGAAGGAAGGGACUGAGCCAAAGAGAGGAAGAGGAGCAGGUUGAAACACAGUCCGACUCCGGUUGCACCCCAGCGGGCCUCAACAGCUUCCCGUCAUGUCCAAGAAGCAGGAAAGCAGCGCUGUGAAGAUCACCAGGACCCAGGCCACCGACCUGGCUUCCCUCAUUGCUCGCAUGCAGAAGAAUGCGGAUCGAGUGGAGAAGAACAUCCUGCAAGCGGAGGACCUGCUGACGGUGGACAAGCAGCGUGAUGGCAGGAACCAGGCUCUGAUCCACCAGAAGGAGAAUGCGGACAACCUGGCGGAGGCGGAAGGCCUGCUGAAGGACCUCUUCAUGGACGUGGACAAGGCCAAGCGUCUGCAGCACCCGCAGGCUUCCGAGAUCGAGCGAGACGUCAGGAACCUCCACGACCGCUGGGUGAAGGACUGUUCCACGUACAGGGAUCUCUACGACCAAGUGCAGGACUUGAUGCCCAAACAGAGGAUCGACUGGGGUUCGGCGCUGGAUGACAAGCAGAGGCGUGUAGACACGGAGGGCUACGGACGCAGCCUGGCCGAUGUGGAGAAACACAUCGCAGCGCACAACAUCCUGCAUCAGGAGAUCGAGGCCUACAGCGGCCAGCUGACUCCUGACACCACGUCUUCACAGGGCCAGUACGCCAUCCUGAAGGGAAAACACGACAAGCUUUUGGAGAGCUCCCGAAGGAGACGCAAGCACUUGGCCUCCCUCUACGACUACAUGCAAAGCUGCGCCAAGGAGCUGGACUACCUGUCCCAGCAGCAGGACCGGAUCCUGCAGAGGGACUGGAGCGAUCGCAUGAUUGACCCCCCCACCGUCCGCAUGGAGUAUGAGAAAUUCAAAAGCAACGGUCUGCUGUCACACGAACGGGAGGUGAACCAGCUCCUGGAGGAAGGAGAUCGGCUGUUGGACAGGAAACAUCCUGGAAGCCCAGCAAUACAGGCCCACAGAGACGCCGUGCAGAACGGAUGGCAGUCCUUCCUCAACUUGUGUCUGGCGCAGGAAAACCACCUGGACAAUGUUGAAGACUACAAGAAGUUCCAGCUGGAUGCAGAGACAUUGUCCGAGUCCCUGGACAGACUCACCUCCAACCUGGACCCCAACCUUUUGACCGGCAAGAGCAAUUCCGAGGUCCUCCUGGAACUCCAGGGAGACGAACCGGCGGUAAAGCGGAACGAGCAACGCCUGGCGGCUCUCAGACAACUGAGCCGCAACAUCGCACCUCUGAAGCUCCGUCGAAGCAAGCUGACCACGCCCACCAUGGCCGUCGCUCUGUGUGACUGGCAGGACGAGCAAGGAGCCGUGAGGCGUGGUGACCAGCUCACAUUGAAGUCCAUUUAUGAUCAUGAGAUGUGGGAGCUCCAAGAUAGCAGCAAGAGGACCAAGACCCUCCCCGGGGCGUGUUUCGUGGUGCCGGCGCCUGACGACGAGGCCAUGCAGAAAGUCAACAGUUUUGAGAAGAUGUUGGCGGAUUUGAAGAACAAAAGAUCAGCCAUAAUGACCUCGCUGAAGACCCCCGUCGUGGAGGUGGAUCGCCCCCACAAUGCAGUUUCAGUCCGAAGCACCCCAGAAGACCCCAAAGCCGCAAAACUAUCCGGACAGCUAGAUGAGCUCCACAGCGGUCUAGAUCUUUGCAAACUGGACAUCCAGAAACGCAUGAGGGCCCCUCUGGACAACCGAAACCCGGUGCUGGACCUGGAAAACAGGCUGCAAGACCACAAGAAAUCCGCCCAGUCGGCCAGAAGGCUGGAGUCCGAGAAGUCUGCCCUCCAGAGAGACCUGGACCCCAUUCUGACCAAGAAACCACUCGGCCCCAACGCCUCCAUCUUGCCACUCCAACUGGCUGCUGCCAACACCAAAAUGGACGACAUCAACAGCCUUGUUGAUCUUUAUGAUAAAAAAGCUUCGGCCUCCAUGUUCCUGGAGAGACAAAUGCAGAAGGUAGACGGCAUGGUCUCCGGGUUGGAGCAGCAGCUGGUGAAGGAUGGUUCCAUUCCAGACCAAACAAACGCCCUGAUCAGUCGUAGCCGUCAGCUGCAGGACGCUCGUCAGGCCGUUUCCUUAAAAAAGGAUGACGUGAACACGUUGGGCAGAGACUUGGACCUGACCAAGCAAGUGUGUAGCUCCCUGCAGCAGAACUUCAACGAGUACUGCCCGGACAUCCGCCGCCAGGAGAGCGAAGUGAAGCAUCUGAAGAACCGCUUCACCAGCGUCAGCAAUCAACUCCAGGAAAGGUCUACCCUGAUUCAGGAGGCCACCAAUAAGAACCAGGACUUCCAGAAUGCCGCCCAGUCGCUGGAUUUCUUUUUGGUCAAUUUGCCAAACAACACAAUCAAAGCUACGGACGAUGUGGGCCAAAUAACGUCCAGGCACAGCUCUCAGAGGAGAGUGAUGGAGGACAUUCAGAGGAAGUCGGAUGACGUGCGUCGAAUCCAGGAUCUCUCCCGUGACCUUCAGAACACCUUGAAUGAAUACGAAAUCAAAUCCAACACAUACCGCGCCACUCUGGAUGAUGAAGAUGAGGAUGAAGACGAUGAAGAUGAUGACGAUGAACCCGUUUUGAAAAAGCGUCAAAGUUCCACGAUGGCUCAGGCCGUCCAGAGGAAGGAAAAAGACUUGGUGAACCGUUUUGCUGAGGUGUCUGCGGAGAACGAGCAGCUUCUCAACCAGAUAGGGACAGCCAAGAAGAUCAUCCUCAGGAACGAAGACCAAGUCAGCAGCGUGGCGUUCAACCAGCAGCUGCAGCUCCAGAGCCAGAGGAAAGACAUGGAGGAGGCUGAGACGGUGAAGAGGGACCUGAACGAGGAGCUGUCCCGUCGCUUGGCUGCGGAGAAGGACCUGGAGACGUACAGGCAGAGAUACCUGUCCUUGAAGAGCAGGCGAGGAGUGGAGAGGUUGGAGGAGAAGGAGGUGGUGGAGUACUACCGUGAUGCCAAAGUGGAAGCCGAGCUCAAGUCUCUGAAGAGCAAGAUGAAAGAUGAAGAAUAUAAGAGGUCGAGAACCCUUUCGGAGAUAGACAUCCUGAAUGCCAAGAUGAUCCAGAUGGAGAAAGAUCUGAUUGGCGUCGAGCCCAAGCUGGUCACCAAAGUGCUAACCGAAUAUGAACGAGACCCACAGCUUGAGAAGGAAGCUGAGAAGAUGCAGAGUGAGAUACAGCGAAUACGCCUGGAGCUCCAAACCAGAAGCUCUGAGAUGAUUCAAGUGAAGAAUGAGCUCACUCUGCUGGUUCAGCAGAAGCCCAAAAUCAGGGAAAAGGUGGUGAAGAAGGAAGUGGUGCGGCUGGAGAAGGAUCCCGAGAUGCUAAAAGCUGUUUUCACGUUCAAGAACGACCUGGCAGCAGAAGAAUCUCAUUGCCUGUCCCUCAACAGCAGUAUCUUCAGCAUCAGGGGCCAAAUAAACACGCUGGAGAGGCUCAUCCCCACCAUCGAACCCACCGUUGUCACCAAGGUGGUGAAGCAGGUUCAACAAGAUCCAGAAUCACUGGAAGAGUCCAACAAACUCCGAAUGGCCUUGGAGGAGGAGAAAGAUGAAAACGUCAUCUUGCUGAAGGACCUGACCACACUCCAGUUGCGUUACGGCGAAGUGGAGAAGCUGCGGCCCAAAUAUGAAGUCAAGGAGGUCAUCAAUGAGAUUUUCCGAGUGGACCCUGAGACGGAGGUGGAGCUGCUGCGUCUGAGGAAGGAGAUGCAGGCCUUGGGCCAGAAACGCGGCGAUCUGGAGAAUGAGACGGACGUGGUGAUGACCACGCUGACUGCUCUGCGAGCUCAGAAGCCCAAGAUCGAGUACAAGGAGGUGACCCAGGAUGUCAUCAAAGAGGAGAAAAGUCCAGAGGUCAUCAGGGAGCUUCAGCGGCUGAGCAACCAGGUUUCCCGUCUCCAAGUCAACUACAACUCCACCAUGGAGCUCCUGAUGCAUCUCCGCAAAGAACGAGAUGAUUUGAAAGCGGAAAAAUCCAAAGUGGAGACAAAGCUGGUGACGAAGGAGCUGAUCAAGUAUGAGAACGACCCUCUUCUGGAGAAAGAGGUGAACAGACUUCGGAGGACGGUUCGAGAAGAGACUCAGCAACGCCGCAGUGCGGAGGAAUGUGUCUUCGACCUCCAGAACCAGUUCAUCCUGCUGGAGCGGCAGAAGCCCGAGGAGAAGCUGGUGGUGCAGGAAGUGGUGCGUCUCCAGAAGGACCCCAAACAGAUCUUGGAGCACGAGAGGUUGAACAAUUCCCUCGACGAGGAAGUCAAAGCCCGUCGGAAGCUGGAAAUGGAGGUCAGGCAGCUGAGAGCGCUGAUCCAAGAGAAGGAGACCACGGUGGCUCAGAUGGACGAACGCCAGAAGAAGAUUCAAAUCGAGUCCGAGCUCAGGCACAUCAGAGCUCAGAUCCUUGAGCUGGAGACCACUCCAAAACCAGUUGAGGAAAAGAUCGUCAUCGAGGAGGUCCUGAAAGUGGAGCGGGACCCCAAGCUGGAGAAGCUCAUCGAUGGCACGCGCGUUGAGAUGGAAAGCGAAGGAAACCAAAUUCAUCGCCUGCAGAGGGAAAUCAGCAGCAUGAAGAUGAAGCUGGAAAUCCUGGAAAAGGAGAAGAAGACGGAGAAGGUGGUGUACAGGGAAGUUGUUCGUGUGGAGAAGGACCCGGCGGUGGAGGCCGAGAGGGACCACUUGAGGGAUCUGGUUGCACAGGAGCGAAAUAUGAGACGGGACAACGAAGACAACCUUCAGGGCUUCCGAAUGAAAAUCAGUCACCUGGAGACUUCGGUUUCUGUAAUCAGCCAGGAGGAGACCACGCUGGUCGCCAACAAGAACAACGUGCUCAGAGAAAAGGAGGAACUUCUCAGGCAGCUGAAAUUGCUGGAGAGCCAAAGGCAGAACAUCAGCAUGACCUUCCAGCAGCAGUCCAAGCUGAUGAGUGAAAGAACCCAGAUGGCGAGGCAGAGGAGCCUGAAGGCGACGUCUGAAAUCCAAAGGCUGGAGAGGGACAUCCUGAACGAGAAAGACAAACAUCACCAAAAGGAGGCGCUCAUCCUGGAGCUGAAGGAGAGCAUCAGGAAGGACGACCAGGCGGAAACCCACACCAGAGAGACCAACCUUUCCACCAGGGUCACCAUCUUGGAUCCGGACACGGGCAAAGACCUGGCUCCGUACGACGCCUACGCCAAAGGCUUGAUCGAUCGCGACCAGUACAUUCAGCUGUCGGAACUGGAGUGCGACUGGGAAGAAAUCACCUCCAUGGGCCCGGAUGGGGAUACCACGGUUCUUCAGGAUCGGAAGAGCGGGAUGCAGUACUCGGUCAAAGACGCCCUGAAAGAUGGCCGCCUGACCCAGUAUGAUGUCAUGCUCUACAAGGACGGAAAAAUGCCCAUUUCCGAAUUUGCUCUUCUUGUGGCUGGAGAAACCCGGAAACCGUAUGUUCCUCCGCUCGCAAGCCCAAAGUCCCCCAUCAAGUCGUCCCCGCUGUCCCCCAUCAAGUCGUCCCCGCUGUCCCCCAUCAAGUCCUCUCCGAUGUCUCCCUUAAGCUCCAUGCCGACCUCCCUGAGGUCCUCCUACACGGCAUUGAACAGCCACAGCGGCAGCGUCAACAACCUCGGCGCUUCCUUAGCCGAUGAGCAGUUCCCCAUCUCCGGCAUCUUCGACCUCACCACGGAAAGCCGCAUGUCGGUGAGAAGCGCCUUGACUCGCAAGCUCAUCGACGCCGACACGGCGCUCAAGCUUCUGGAAGCGCAGGCGGCCUCGGGCGGGAUCGUGGAUCUGGCCAAGAAAGACAAGCUGUCCGUCCACAAGGCCGCCGAGCACGGCCUGAUUGACAACGCCCACAUGUACAAGCUCCUCAACGCUCAGAAGGCCUUCACCGGGAUUGAGGAUCCUCUCACCAAAGCGCGUCUCUCCGUGGGACAGGCGGCCCAGAAAGGCUACAUCCCCGACGAGAACGCCCGCUGGUACAUCGAGGCGCAGUACCUCACCGGCGGGUUCGUGGACCCCACCAAACCGGGCCGCCUCACGCUGCAAGAAGCCAAGGAAAGCAACGUGAUUGACAGCAAGACGGCUGACGACCUCCAAGACGGGUCCGCCUACACCAAAGUCCUGGUGGACCCCGUCAGCAAGGAGAAAAUAUCCUACAAGGAGGCCAUCCAACGCUCCAGGAGGGACGCCAGCACGGGACUCCUGCUCCUCCCUGCCGCCUCCAGCGAUGAAACCGACUCCCCGUCCUACUCCAACUUCCGCUUCAAUUCCGCCAACAACAAAAUCUAGCGAGCGCUCGGCGGUUGAAGACGCGACCAAGAAGUAAUCGAGUACACGACAUCGCCGAAUGUAUCCCAUUCUGGUCCUUUUCUUGGAUGCAUUUGGUGGGGAACCUGCACAGAACCCUGACCUCAACCUCAUCGAACACCACCCCACACGCCGGUGACCUCUGACCUUAGCAACUGUUCUGGCUGAACGGACACGCCGCCAUGUUAGGAAAGCCAAAGUGCGCAGGGAAACCUUCUUGGCCGGCAAAGGGGAGACCAGCUCCACAUCCUGGAGGUACAGUACUACAGUACUACAGCACUACAGCACUACAGUACUACAGUACUACUGCACAGGUACAGUCUAUAUACUGGAUCAGAACAUUUAAUGGACAGUGAUUUUUUCAAACGUGGUUUGGGUAGGAUUUUGGGGUUUGGGUAAAAAUCAGGGUAAUAUAUAUUGUUCUUCCUCAGCAUCCAGUUCUUUGUUGUUUUUUACACAAGUAUUUCCAUGCCACCAUGUUUAUUGCAUCAAUGUGAAUCAUACUUUAUAUACGUAAUAAUAAAUGACUUGAUAAAUCUUCA